AUGGGUUCUGCUUCUGCAAGUUUUCUCCUUUGCUGUAUUUUGGCUAUAUUUUUUCACUCCGUUUUUUGUGCUAAAUCCAGGCAUUUCAAAUGGGAAGUAGAGUAUAUGCAUUGGGCACCAGAUUGUGUAGAAGCUGUGGUUAUGGGGAUUAAUGGAGAAUUUCCGGGCCCUACCAUUCGGGCUCGGGCCGGUGAUACCAUACAUAUUGAGCUUACAAACAAGCUUCCCACUGAAGGAGUUGUCAUUCACUGGCAUGGAAUUAGACAGAUUGGAACACCAUGGGCAGAUGGGACUGCAUCCAUCUCACAAUGUGCCAUAAAUCCUGGAGAAACUUUUCUUUACAGAUUUAAGGUUGACAAGGCGGGCACAUACUUUUAUCAUGGGCACUAUGGAAUGCAAAGAUCAGCAGGGUUGUAUGGCUCACUAAUAGUGGAAGGGGCAGAGGGGGAAAAAGAACCAUUUCACUAUGAUGGAGAGUUUAAUUUAUUACUAAGUGAUUGGUGGCACAAAAGCUCUCAUGAACAAGAAGUUGAUCUUUCAUCCAACCCCAUGAGAUGGAUUGGUGAACCCCAGACCCUAUUGAUCAAUGGAAGAGGGCAAUACAAUUGUUCACUAGCUGCGCAUUUUAGCAAUUCGUCAAGCAGUCAGUGCAAGUUAAGAGGGAAUGAACAAUGUGCACCAAAUAUCCUCCAUGUUCUCCCAAACAAGACCUACAGACUAAGAAUAGCCAGCUCCACUGCAUUGGCUUCACUCAACUUGGCUAUUGGGAAUCACAAGAUGACACUGGUUGAAGCCGAUGGAAAUUAUCUCGAGCCAUACUCUGUAUCCAACAUGGACAUAUAUUCUGGUGAGAGUUAUUCGGUACUAUUCACUACAGAUCAAGAACACUCCAAUAAUUAUUGGAUUUCUGUCAGUGUAAGAGGAAGAGAACCCAAAACCCCACAAGCUCUAAUAAUUUUGAACUAUAUUCCAACUUCUGCAUCAAAACUUCCAAAUUUACCCCCACCGGUUGCACCAUUGUGGAACGAUUAUGACUACAGCAGAUCGUUUUCAAGCAAAAUUCUUGCCCUAAAGGGCUCCCCUAAGCCACCAAAGAAGUAUGAGAGAAGAAUUAUUCUGCUAAAUACCCAAAAUUUGAUUGACGGAUAUACUAAGUGGGCUAUAAACAAUGUUUCCUUAGUGUUGCCAGCCACACCCUACUUGGGUUCGAUCAGGUAUGGUCUAAACAAUGCGUUCGACCACAAACGACCCCCAGAAAAUUUCGGGCCCAACUAUGAUGUUUCUAAGCCUGCUCCAAAUAAGAACUCGACAUACGGGAGUGGAGCAUACAUGCUCGACUUCAACACUACAAUUGAUGUGAUAUUGCAGAAUGCCAACGCACUUAAGGCCAAUGUGAGUGAAAUACACCCUUGGCAUUUGCAUGGACACGAUUUUUGGGUGCUGGGGUAUGGAGAAGGACGAUUUACUGAGAAGGAAGAGACAAAGUUCAACUUGAAGAAUCCACCAUUGAGGAAUACUGCAGUAAUUUUCCCUUACGGAUGGACAGCAUUAAGAUUUGUGGCAGAUAAUCCAGGAGUAUGGGCUUUCCAUUGUCAUAUAGAACCCCAUUUGCAUAUGGGAAUGGGAGUAAUCUUUGCAGAAGGUGUUCAUCAUGUUAAGAAGAUUCCUAAUGAGGCUCUUGCUUGUGGUUUAACAGGGAAAAUGUUGAUGAAUAGUGUGCACAAGUGA